UUCAUAGUGGUUACAAUUAUUCCAUAUUAGGCUAAUCAACGUAUAACUCCGGGCUUAAAUGUUUAAAUUUUCGGCCAUGAAGCGAGAGAAUAUAAAUAUACGGGAGACACUGAUUGACUGAUAUGCAGGAAAUCAUCUUCAACCGCAACCGCAACCGUUGUCGUGACUCAACCAAACAUUGAAUCAUCAAAGUCAUGGGUGAAAAAUCCAAUGUAUAAAAGUAUGGAGAAGAGGCUGAAGUCUACCAGUAGAUUGAAUAACAGUUAAAAUGACCGAGUCUUAUAUUAUUACCUUCAUAUCACAUGAUACUGAAUUAAAUCUUAGUGAAAUUGAAACAUUCAUCACGAAGACUUUAGCAGUUGAAGAUGCUACUUCUAAACAAUUGUCACCACGAGCAGUAGAUUAUUACUUUAUAACUGAUAAGGCUGAACAAUUAAAAAGUUUAAUUAAAUCUGAAUUAGCUAAAAAAGUUCAUAAUUAUGAUAUAAUAUUGCAAAAGCAAUCUCUGAGACAAUCUAAAAAAUUAUUCAUCUUUGAUAUGGAUUCAACACUUAUUUAUCAAGAAGUCAUUGAAUUAAUAGCUGCUUAUGCUAAUAUUGAAGAUAAAGUGGCAGAAAUCACAGAGAGAGCCAUGAAUGGUGAAUUGGACUUUAACCAAUCCUUAGCUGAACGAGUAUUAUUAUUAAAGGGUAUUGAUGCUACUACUUUAUGGGAUGAAUUAAAAUUAAAGAUUCAAUUAACUAAUGGAGUUAAGGAACUUUGUAAAGCAUUAUCUAAAUUAAAUAUCGUAAUGGGUGUUUUAUCAGGAGGAUUUAUUCCAUUAGCAGAAUUUGUUAAACAAGAAUUAGGUCUUAAUUAUGCUUUUGCCAAUACUUUGGGUGUAGAUUCAAGUAAUAAAUUGGAUGGUACAACCAUUGGACCCAUUGUUAAUGGUGAUAAGAAAGCUGAAUUACUCUUGGAAAUUGCUGAAAAACAUCAAAUUAAUCCUAAAGAUGCUGUGGCAGUUGGUGAUGGUGCUAAUGAUCUUAAAAUGAUGUCAGUUGCUGGAUUUGGUAUAGCGUGGAACGCUAAACCUAAAGUUCAACAAUUAGCUCCUUCUUGUUUAAAUACUAAAUCAUUAUUAGAUGUUUUAUACAUUGUAGGAUAUACCGAAAAGGAAAUUGAGUCAUUAAUUAAUUAGAAUUCUUAUA